AUGUCGGAGCCACAAAGCGGCAGCGGGCUGGGGUCCGCCUCCGCACUGGGCAGUGGCUUUCCACUAGGGCCCAUCUUGGGCGGUACUGGGAUGCGCCAGGGCGAGUCUAACCCGAUGUACUACAACCAAAACACACAUGCAUUCUACGCGGGCCACCACGCGCAGCCAGGGACGCCCCCACAGCGCGGGCAGCCCGGAGAUUCGGCGUACGUCAAUGGACACCUCGUGCCCUACCUAAACCAGCACGCCAGUGGCGACGCGGGCGAACUCGGCGCCGGCGCGUCGCAGCUCGACGCCUUUUACAUCCAGCAGUCCGCAAAUUCGUUUGGGAUGCCGCUCGAUGUCGGCGAUGUCGGCGCGUACGGCCACCCUGGCUCGGGGCUCCCUUUGCGCGGCGCCCCCAAUAUGCAAGGCUGGGCCGCUCCGUCGCGCCAGUCGCCGGCCGUCGCGCCGCAAGAGGGCACGCAAGAGGAGCAGGAUAUGCUGCACAGCCAUGGAUACGCGCCUGCCAUGAGCGGCCGCGCGGUCCCGGGCGCGCUCUACGCGCGCCACGACGCACAGCGGCAGAUGAUGAUGGAGCAGGACGCGGCGGCGCGUGCGGCGCGCGGUGCGCCGCUCCCCAAACGCCGCCGCACAAGUCCGGUGCCGUUUGGCGAUAACAGCGCUGAUUUCCUCUCGCGGUUCCGAGGCCAGGCGCAAGGCGCGCCCGGCGCUAGGCACAUUGUCCGUCCGGGAAUGCCGGGGCGGCGCGACAUGGACGGGGGCGAGGGCCUCGCGGACCUGCUUCCCCAUGCGGAGGAAGGUGCCUCGAGCGACUUUACCUGGAUUCUUGGCCCCGAGGAUGCGCAGCACCGCGCCGCGCAGCCGUUUGGGAUUGCCGACGCUGCCGCGUACUAUCGCCACGGCGCGAUGGGCCAUCCUGGCCACGGGAUCCGCCUCGAUAUGCCGGGGAUGCCUGUCGGCCACCACUCUAUGGACCCGAGCAAAGGCAUGGCGCCGCUUCGCUCGCAUGCGCCCAAUUCGGAUGACGAGCCGCUGUAUGUAAACGCAAAACAGUACCAGCGGAUAUUAAAACGCCGCGCUGCGCGUUCACGCAUGGAAGAAAAGCGGCGCCAGCUAUGGAUGCUUGCUGUGAAGCAGCGCGAGGAGCAGAAGACGGGGGGCGCGACAGAUAUUAACGCCGAGUGGGUCUCGGGCAUCCUCAGCCUCGACGAAGAUGCAAAGAAGCCGUACCUGCACGAGUCUCGCCACAAACAUGCAAUGCGCCGCCCGCGUGGUCCGGGCGGCCGGUUCCUUACCACAGAGGAGAUCAAGAAGCGCGACGAAACUGCCGCAAAGGAGGCCCUCGCAGACGCACCCAGCGGCGCCUCUCCAGCACCGACACAGUAA